GCGGGAGAUGUCACCGACCUCGCGGGGACUGCGUCACCAUGGCCAAACCAAGAUCCGGAUUUGCCACUUCAUCAGACACACAUUCCUCUUGCACACUUCUACUUGGCUGCAGACAUACCACACACAAGAUCAUGACUCGCAUCUUUCUCGUCACAGGCACAAGCUCAGGGUUCGGAGCCGAGCUUGUCAAGUACGUGCUCGAGCAGGGCGAUUAUGCGGUUGCCACGUCUCGGGACAGCUCGAAGCUGGAGAAGCCAGCCAAGGCGACAGAUGACAACUACCUCGCUGUGGACAUGGAUGUCACGUCGCCAGACAGCAUCAAGGCUGCGUUCGACAAGGGCCUCAAGAAGUUCGGUUCAAUCACUCACGUCAUCAACAAUGCCGGCUUCGGUCUCUCUGGCGAAUUUGAAAGCUUGCCGGACAAGCUCAUCCGUCAGCAAUGCGAAAUCAACUUCUUUGGCGUGCUCAAUGUCACGAGGGAAGCGCUCGAGGUCAUGCGCGAGAAGAACAAGCAAAAGGGCGGCUUCAUCCAGCAGAUCACGAGCAUUGGCGGCCAGACCGGCGUGCCUCUGUUCAGCAUAUACUGUGCCACCAAGUGGGCCGUCGAAGGUUUCACGGAAGCGCUCGCCCAGGAGCUCAAGCCAGAGUGGAAUAUCACACUCCAGUGUAUCGAGCCCGGAGGUUUCGCCACUGGCUGGUCGAGCCAUAACAUGAUCUACCCGAGCAAAUCAGACAAAUGCCAGGCUUACGAUCAUCUGGAUGGCGAGUCUGCGAUGAAGAAGCGACACGGCACACAGGUCGGUGACCCCGCCAAGGCCGGCAAGGCAAUGUAUGACUUUGCCGUCAUGUCAAACCCGCCCUUCAGAGCCGUGCUCGGCAGCGACGCCCACGGACGCAUCAUGAAGAAGAUCGACGACUAUCAAGGUCUUUACACCAAGUUUGAGAGCCAGAGCAAGGCGACGGACAGAGAUGAUAAGUGAUCGAUCGAAACCGAACACUACCGAGAGAAUGCAUGAAAUCUGAUCAAGCCUGACAUGUCGGCUGAUGAUUAGUGAGCUGAAGCGAAAAGCUAAACUCACGCGCGUUGUUGCGCGUUGCGGCGUUGAACAUCGGACGCUCUGAGGGAUCUGAUCGCUCGUCGAUGGCGGACGAUCAUCCUGAUGCCAUCAGAAUCAAUGUACCCAUCACUCUCAUCCUCACGCCCAUCUGCGCAGGCACGUUCGGCUUCGUGUCAGGGCAUCCCUACAGUUUCUAGCAGAGAAUGCUCACAG